CACAUUUCCCCCAAUAUCCUAUAUAUACGCAGAGCAUGAUCACUUCUUGAUCAACGACUACCUCUUGUUUCAUCUGCAUUUUCUUCACCUUGAGUAACAAUGAUCAGUGCUGAAUUUCAAAACUAUUUCAUUUCGAUUCUCAUUUGCUUCUCAACACUCUUCUGUCUCUUUUAUUUCUUCUUCAAGAAGCCGAAUGUUAACUUCGAUUUGCCUCCGAGCCCUCCUUCUAUGCCCGUCAUUGGUCAUCUUCACCUUCUUCUCUCUUCGCUAAUCCACAAGUCUUUUCAGAAAAUCUCAUCCAAGCACGGACCUCUCCUCCAUCUCCGCGUCCUCAACAUCCCUAUAGUCCUCGUCUCCUCUGCCUCAGUGGCUAACGAGAUCUUCAAGGCACAUGACCUGAACAUCUCGUCUCGAGGCCUCCCUGCUAUCGACGAGUCCCUCUUUUUCGGAUCUACCGGCUUCUUCUCCGCUCCCCAUGGAGAUUACUGGAAGUUCAUGAAGAAGCUCAUCGUCACCAUGCUACUUGGACCACAAGCAAUCGAGCGGUCAAGAGCAGUACGUGCAGAGGAGCUAGAGCGGUUUUACUUUGAUCUGCUCGAUAAAGCGACGAAGAAGGAGACAGUUGAGAUCCGUAAAGAAGCGAUGAAGUUCACCAACAACAGCACCUGCAAGAUGAUACUCGGGAGGAGAUGUUCGGAGGAGAACGGUGAAGGUGAGAGAGUCAGAGGAUUGAUUACAGAAUCGAUUGCCUCGACAAGGAAGGUUCUAAUUGCAACCUUGUUGCGGAAGCCGCUUGAGAAGCUUGGAAUCCCACUGUUUAAGAAGGAGAUAAUGGAAUUUUCCGGCAGAUACAACGAGGUGCUGGAGAGGUUCCUUGCGGAACACGAAGAGGAACUAGAGAAGCAUCAUGAUCAUCAUCAAGGUAUGGAUUUGAUGGGCGUCUUGUUGGAAGUUAAAAGAGACGAAAACGCAGAGUACAAGAUCACUAGGGACGACAUCAAGUCCUUGUUCGUGGAGCUUUUCCUUGGAGGCACUGACACAUCGAAGCAAACAAUACAAUGGACAAUGGCUGAAAUCAUAAAUAGCCCUAAAACUGUCGAGAGAUUAAGAGAAGAGAUGGAUUCCGUGGUAGAAAAGUCAAGACUGAUUCAAGAAACUGACCUACCAAACCUACCUUACUUGCAAGCGGUAGUCAAAGAAGGGCUGAGACUGUAUCCACCGGUCCCUAUCAUUGGAAGGAGGCUCCAAAAAGGAUGUGAAAUGGGAGGAUUUUACGUGUCGGAGAAGGCAACACUUAUACUUAAUGGUUACGCUAUAAUGAGAGAUCCUAAUCACUGGGAAGAUCCUGACGAGUUCAAGCCAGAGAGGUUUCUAGCUUCUUCCAAAAUAGCAGAGCAAGAGGAAGAGGUAAGAGAGCAAGUACUAAAGUAUCUUACUUUUGGGAGUGGAAGGAGAGGAUGUCCAGGAUCGAAUCUUGCUCACAUCUUUCUAGGAACCGCCAUUGGAAUGAUGGUUCAGUGUUUUGAUUGGAGGAUCAAAGGAGAUAAGGUUAACAUGGAAGAGAGUCUUUCAGGAAUGGUUUUGACAAUGGCUCAUCCCCUUAAGUGCACUCCUGUUCCUCGACUCUGUAGCUUCCCAGUUCGCCACUGAGCUCUCUCAUUGGCUAUUCUCAAAGUCUCUCUUGAAGAUUGUCAAAGCAAUAAAUAAAGGAAGCUUUGCGUUUCCCGGUUUAGUUUGGUAUAUUGUUGUACUAUUCGAAAAUCGAAAGUGAUAAAAAUUCCCGGUUCAUUUUGGUUUAAUUCACAGUAGUUAAGUACACUGUUCAAAAGUUGAAUUCACACGGUUUUCGAGAUGAAGAAACUUGAUCCACUGUUCCUUCUCCGACAAAAUAUCGC